UCUACUUCCUGCGUCAUAGAAAUUAAAAGUCUGUUAACUGUGUGCAAAAACUAAUUUCAUUUUUUGUUUUUUCGUUAAGGGGGCGCGCGUUUUUUUUAUCAGUAUAUAUACAAUAGAGCGUUACAUUUAGCAGUUAUUUAUAAUAUCUGUUUGUAUUUUGUUUUUCUGCUGUUGCUGCUUCUGUCGCCACCAGACUUUUCAGUUUAGGCUAACGCAAAGAUGGCGGAAAAAGGAGAAAGUGGAGAGCCUGUGAAAGACAAAGACGAAGUAGAAAUUAUGAAGGCGCUUGUGGAUGAACUAUACAGUUUCAGAGAUUGCUAUUUUGAGACUCAUGAUGUGGAGCAAGCUGGCAGGAAACAAAAUGAUGUUAUGCAAAAGAUGGACCAAACACUAAAGAAACUGGAGGAGAAAGAAGAGUGUUUUAAACACAAAGCAGAGUUUUUACUACAAAAGGGCAGGUGUCUGAACGUGGCUCCAGACUUUAGUGCCGAAGCAGAGGAGUGUCUUUCCCGUUCUGUGAAGCUUGAUCCCGGCCUGGUUGAGGCCUGGAAUAUACUGGGGGAGCAGUACUGGAAAAAAGGAGACCUGGGCGGCGCCAAGAACUGCUUCACCGGUGCCUUGCAACAGAAUAAGAAUAAAGUCUCUCUACGCAACCUAUCUAUGGUGCUGAGGCAGCUGCCAGCACCCAGCAGCGACGCACAUGGCAAGCAGGUGCUAGAGAGCGUGGACAUGGCCCGGCAAGCAGUUGAGUUGGAUGUCAUGGAUGGGAAGUCUUGGCAUAUCCUGGGAAACGCUUAUAUUUCUUUGUUUUUCACCUGUGGACAGAAUCCACAGUUCUCUCAACAAGCUUUAAGUGCCUAUGCAAAAUCUGAGACUGUUGAUAGAGCAGCCACUCAUGACCCUGAGCUGCAUUUCAACAGAGCCACUCUGUUCCAGUUUGAGGAGAUGUUCGGGUGUGCGCUCGCCGGCUUCAGUCGAGCUGCAGUGUUGGACCCGAGCUGGGAGGAUCCAUCCAUAAAAGAGAAGCAGCUACUGGAGUAUUUGGAGAAAGUGGUGGAACUCAUACAAAACAAGGGAAAGGUGAAAGCUCGUCGGUUACGAACAAUGCUCUCAAAUCUCAACACAUCAGCUUUGGGUCCCUGUUCGUCUCCACAGUUUUGUUCUCCUUCUAGCCGUGUUGGAAGCCUAGAACCUCGAACUCUUUCCUCCCUCACACAUGGCCAAAAUGUGGGGGUGGCUGCUCUGGGAAAAGUGGUGUUCAGCUUGGCCUCUGAGGGCCGUAUGGCUUUUACAUUUGGCAUGGUUGACAGCGAGGAGGUGUGUAUAGUGGUGAUGGUCUAUAACACAGCUGACAGCUGGGGUGUUCUGAUUGGUGAUUCUGUGGUUAUUCCUGAACCCAAUGUCAAACGACACAGUAUUUCACACAAAGAUAAGACAUACGACUUUAGAAGUAUACGUGUAGACUCUCCUGUGCUCCUCAUCGUCAACGGCAAGAAGCAAAACAUCCAAAGUCAGAUUCCUGUCUCCAUCAGCUACAAGCCUCAUAGCGAAUGAACCCAGUUCCAGUAACAUCAACCACAUUUUUUGCUGGAUUUGUUGGGUUUUUAUUUUAUAAUGUUGAAAGUUUCCAAAGUUUGUACUUGUUUUUCCACAUUAUUUUGUAAAUAGACGUUGCCCUGUUGUCUUUGUUUAUAUUUAUGGACUUUUUUUUUGUUAUUCUGUUAUUGUGGUUCUCUAUAUAGUGUUGUUUAGUAAAUGAACAAAUCAGUGAUGAUGUAUGAUGUGACUUACGUUUACCUUAAAAAAAAAAAAAAAUUGUAGCAUGUUAAA